GUCGACAGCCGGCUACAAUGACAGCUUAAAUGUAGCAAGUUGGGCGGUCGUGCUAGCAACGGGUUAACGUCAUUACACGUUUAGCUACCGCCAAAACAAGCUCGACGUGAUCCAUGUAGAAGGUGGACAAGUUUUCCUUUUAUCAAUAGACCGUUUCCUCCGACUUUAAUCAACACCCGAGGACCAGGAAGCAGUUGUUAGCCGUUAGCCAGCCUGGCUGAGUUGAGCUAGCGAGCUUCCGUUCGCAAACUGCUAUGUAGCAGUCAAGUAGCUGGACCUGUUUGAGCUAGCUAGUUAGCUCGCACACUGUGACAAACUUUAAGGCAAGAGGACCCCACGCAAGGAGUGGACACUCCCGCUGUUCAAAAGAAGCCAGCUGUGCGAUAGCGUGGACAGGACGACCUGAACACAUCUAAUGGCUGUGUCAGUGCGGGGUCUCUACUUUAUACUGACCCUGUUUUUGGCCAGUUUCUUCGGAAGCAUCUUCAUGCUGGGUCCGGUCUUGCCCCUCAUGCUGCUGUCCCCCACCUGGUACCGCUGGAUCACUGACCGCAUCGUCGCUACCUGGCUCACCCUGCCAGUGUCCUUGUUGGAACUGGUCUUCGGGGUGAAAGUAGUGAUCACCGGCGACGCCUUCGUCCCUGGGGAGCGUAGUGUCAUCAUCAUGAACCACCGCACGCGCCUGGACUGGAUGUUCCUCUGGUGCUGUCUGCUGAGGUACAGCUACCUCCGCUUGGAGAAGAUCUGCCUCAAGGCUGCGCUGAAGGCCGUGCCGGGCUUCGGCUGGGCAAUGCAGGUGGCCUGCUUUAUCUUCAUCCAUCGCCAUUGGGAGAAGGACAAGGAACACUUGGAGAACAUGCUAGACUACUUCUGUGACAUCAGAGAGCCCCUGCAGCUGCUUCUGUUCCCUGAGGGCACCGACCUCACCGAAAACACGAGAGCCAGGAGCGACAAGUUCGCCACCCAGAGCAACCUCCCGAAAUUCGAACAUGUACUGCAUCCACGCACCACCGGGUUCACUUUCAUUGUGGACCGGUUACGAAAAGGAGACAACCUGGACGCCGUCCACGACAUCACCGUGGCUUACCCCAAGAACAUCCCUCAGACGGAACGCCACCUCAUGCUAGGCCAGUUCCCCCGCGAGAUCCACUUCCACGUGCAGCGUUAUACUGUGGCGUCGCUGCCCACCUCCACCGCCGACCUUGAGUCCUGGUGUCGGGAGCGCUGGGCCGAGAAGGAGGUCCGCCUGCGGGACUUUUACUCGGGCCAGCCACGGGGAUUUGAGCGGGAUGGCGUUACUCGUGUGCCGCCGUGCAAGUCGGAGCUGCGCGUGUCUCUGAUCAAAGCCGCCUCCUUGAUCUACUGGAGCGCUUUUAUCGUACUGUGCUUCGCCGGUCUGUGGCUCUGGGCCCCCUUCAGGCUGUACUUGGUGGUCAUGGUGGGGGUGUUCGUUGCUCAACAGAAGCUGGCCGGUGGGAUGGAGCUGCUGGAGAUGGCCUGCCAUCGCUAUUGGACGACCGUCUGGACCGCCACUGCAAAUGAGAAGGAGAAGAUGCUGGAUGGGAAGACCAAGUGAGGACACUUCAGGGUCCACUCAAGCAUUUAGAAAGGGAAGACCUCCUGACCUCAGCCAAGGCAGCUUACAAGGAUGUGGUGACUUCAUCCCUCGGCACCCACUUUGUGUAUCCUUUUAUUAGCUCUGCCAAGCAUCGAAUCGCGUAAGACGCAAGGUUUACUUAUGAUAGAUGUUUUUUUUGUUUUUUUUUUUAGUUAGCUCUAUUACUAGGGGUGUCCCGAUUUUCACUUCCGAUCCAAUAUUGAUGAUCAAACAGAGGGUGAUAAUGGGCAAUAGUAGGUAUGAGGAAAAACUGACCCAUAAACUUCUUUAAACAUGUGGAAUCAAGUUUCAUCCCCAUUGUAGCGGAAGGGAGGCAAAAUAUAGCAAGGUUCGAGGUGCUCGAACCUUUCAACCCAAAUUUACUCAACAUCGACCGGGGCUGGUCAUCUUUUCUGUUAUAGCUAGUGAUAAUCUUGAGCUAGCGGUGAGUUUUGCUCGUAUUAAACUUCCCCGGUUCUGUGCCACCACCAGACACUUAUCACUGCUUUUGUGAUAACGUGGGCUGUAUCCGGCUGACCUGAUGGGGUGGAUUGUGGCAUACAUUUUAGAUGUAGGCAGAUGUAACUUUUUGCUGAUAUUGUCCCGAUAUCUGAUCUGAAUACUGGAUUGGAAUACUCUUAAGUAUUACAAAAAACCACAACCUAAUUUCCACCUGGUACAUGAGCCAAGGAGGUACCCAUUUAAUUUUAGUGCUGGAAUUUAUUUACCCCUUCCUUUGAUUGAGUCACUGUAGCUGCUACUCGGCUCACUUUUUCAAAAUAGUACUGCGGGAAACUGCAGAAUCCACCAAACAGCCGUCGGAAUGAGAUUCGCUAACAAGCAACAACGACAACCUGUGUUUACUUUUUAAGAAAUGUUAUCCAAGAGGAGACUGAGGGCUGCAGCAAAGUGGAGACUAUGGAGUAUAACUCCAGACGUUGGUUGGUUGGUUGGUUGGGCUUUAGAAUGACAAUGAGCAUUUGGUACCCCAGCUACUGUGGAAAAAAGGCGACUAUGGUCCAUCCUAGAUUAAGAUUAAAAAUGUAUAAUCCGUUUAUAUGAUCCUCCAUGAACCAUAGUACAGCACUCUCUGUUCUCAGUCUCCUCGUUAGGUCUUAUUUUUUAAAUCGGUUACAAUUACAGCAUUGUCUCUGUUUUUAGGAUAUAUUUUGUGUGUUUUUCCUGUCUUGUUUUUGUCCCGUGCGUCCCUCCGUUGGAGUAAAAGCCAUACUAGUACAGAGAACCUUACACAUGCAAGGACUCAUUCGUACCAUUCAGUCAGUCAUGGCAACAAAUGAGAGAACUGUGGAACGGACAUUUUAGAAUUCCUGAAGAAUUAAGUAAACGGCUACUCGUAUUAUAUUAUAACAUACCUAAAGUGGGUAUAAUUACGUUACUUGUAUAUUUGGGAAGGACGUUUUCCCGGGGGGGAAAAAAACAUUUUGUUUUUGUUUUUUUUGCACAAAAACAAGCCAAAGUUGAGCCUACCCUGGAUGUUAAAAAAAAAAAAAUUAAGAGAAUGUACGCACUGACGAUGGUUCCCAUAGCAACACUUUUUUUGUUUGUUUUGUAACUACAGGUUUAGCAUUUAAAGCAGUGGUUCUCAACUAGCUUGGAAUUUCAACUACUGAAAUUUCUCAAAUAUAUUCUAUUCAAUAAAACAAUAAGACAGUGCCAUUUGAAUUUGAGGGGACUGCACAAGUUUAAUAAACAUUUCAGGAAUAA